CAUUAGAGAUCUUAUACAAGACAAUAUAUCUGCUGAAAUUUCAAUGAUAAUUCAUGACAAUAGAAAUCGAGACAUUUGUCAUUAUAAUGCUCUAACUGCCUCUGAAGUAGCUGCAAUAAUAGUAGGUAAUGAUCAUGAGACACCUAGACAAACAUCGAUGACUAUGAUUGGACAACUUUAUAUGGUACAACCUUCUGAAAGCGAGAGAUAUUAUCUACGAACUUUACUUACUCAUAUAAAUAGUGCGACCGGCUUCAAUGACCUAAAAACUAUGAAUGACUAUAUAUAUAGUAACUUCAAAAAAGCUUGCUCUUAUCUUGCUUUUUGCAACCAUACUUCUAUUUUGCCAACUGAUCUCAAUGAUGCGAGUGAUAUUUCUAAUGUAAUUGAACAUGAAGCCCUUACUCAAUUGGAAAAUAUAUUUUUACUAAGUAGAAAAUCUCUAAAAGAUUUUUCCGAUAUGCCAAUUCCUCCUAUCACUUCAAAUAUUACUAAUAAUAAAGAAACAUUAAAUCAUCUAAUAUGUGAAGAGAGAUCUUAUAAUAUAAUAGACUUACAAACCAAAUUACAACACAACCAAAGAGAAUUUGCCAAGUUUCUUUUACAAAUAGAAGACGGAACCUAUCUGAUAAUUGCAGACACAGAAAAUAAAAUAACACUCCCUUCUGAUAUAGUCGUAACUGGUGGAAAGUUAUCAGAUCUUAUUAAUUAUAUUUAUCCGAAUUUCAUCCAAAACUCGAAUAAUAUUAAUUACUUAACUGAAAGAGCUAUACUGACUCCAAAAAAUAAUGAUGUUAAU